UUUUGAUCCCAUGAAGCUCAACGUCACAUUAACAAAGUCCUCUAUUCUGUUUUCUUCUCUGGAUUGAAGAUGCUCAUCAAUGACCUUGUCAAAGAAUUCAUGAUCACCUCUGACUAUGCCCGUGCUGAAAUUUGGAGGUGUUUAUUAGGAAUUUUGGUGGAAUGCAGAGGAGAGUAUGAUGAGAAAGAGGCAGUGAUGUGUUUGAAAAUCAGCAUCUUUUUUGCUCCUUUUCUUGUUGGAAUCACGGUUAGAAAUAUGGCAUUUAAAUCUGCACAAAUGAUGAAAUGAAUCUGCCAUGAAAUGGCAGCAAUGAGGCAGAAAAUUGACAGCAAAUGAAGCUGCAAUUUGACAGCAACUAUGGCAGCAAUUUAGCUGCAAAUAUGAUGGAAAUGAAGCUGUCAAAUGACAGCAAAAUGUGCAGCAAGCUAAGCUGUAAAUGUUGAUGAAGAUGAAGCUGCAAUAAACAGCAAAUGAAAUG